UAAUCAAUCAAGAAGAUGAGGUCUAGUACUAUUAACAUUGAUCUUCUAAUGGUUUGUUUAGUUGUUGCAUGUUUUCUUGGUACUACUCAAGGGGGUGACCUCCGGAAGAACUUCUAUAAGAAAACUUGCCCUUUGGCCGAGGAAAUUAUCCGUAAUGCUACAUGGAAACAAACAUCCACCAACUCUAACUUGCCCGCUAAAUUGCUUAGGAUGCAUUUUCACGAUUGUUUUGUCAGGGGUUGUGAUGGCUCCAUUCUACUAGAUUCACCAAAUCAGACUGCGGAGAAGAAUGCGAUUCCAAACUUGUCAUUGGCGUUCUUCAAUGUGAUCGAUGAUAUCAAACAAGAAUUGGAGAGAAAGUGCCCCGGAGUGGUGUCUUGCGCUGAUAUCUUAACUUUGGCAGCUAGAGACUCGGUGUCAUUCCAAUUUCAAAAGCCAAUGUGGGAGGUGUUGACCGGAAGAAGAGAUGGGAAAGUGUCGAUACAAGCUGAGGUUUUGCCCAACCUGCCCGGGCCUUUCGAUAAUUUCACCACCCUCAUGCAACACUUCACCAGCAAAGGUCUCAACCUCCACGACCUUGUCGUCUUGUCAGGAGGACACACAAUUGGAGUAGGGCACUGCAAUCUCUUCAGCAACCGACUAUACAACUUCACCGGAAAAGGCGACCAGGAUCCUUCCUUGAAUCCCACAUACGCCGCCUUCUUGAAAACUAAAUGUUUGACAGUAACUGAUACCGUUACUACGGUUGAAAUGGAUCCCAACAGUUCUCUUACAUUCGAUGCAGACUACUACUCUGUUGUGUUACAGAAAAAGGGACUUUUUCAGUCCGAUGCUGCCCUCAUUACGAAUCAACAGUCCAAGAAGAUCGUCGGAGAACUCGUCUCCGGCGCCAAAUUCACCGUGGAGUUUGCUCAGUCUAUGAAGCGGAUGGGAGCAAUUGGAGUCCUCACCGGUAACGAUGGAGAGAUUAGAAAGAAGUGCAACGCCGUUAAUUAAUAAUUACCUACUUAAUUUGUGAUUUAUAUUACUUAAUUAAUUGUUGUUGUUGUUGAG